AUGUCAGAGGUAGAAGAAGAAGAAGAAGAAAGAUCGAGUGCGGUUACAGGUUCGACAAGUUUCGAUCUUCCCGAGGAAGUUCUUAAAGUCCUACCGUCCGAUCCAUUCGAGCAGCUAGAUGUGGCCCGCAAGAUCACAUCCAUUGCUCUCUCGACACGUGUCUCUGCUCUCGAAUCAGAGUCGUCCGAUCUCCGGGAGCUUCUCGCCGAGAAGGAGAGAGAAAUCGCCGAGCUCCAAUCGCAAGUCGAGUCUCUCGACGCGACUCUCUCCGAUGCGUUUCACAAGCUUUCUCUCGCCGACGGUGAAAAGGAGAAUCUGCUGAGAGAGAAUUCUUCUUUGUCUAGUACUGUGAAGAGACUUCAGAGAGAUGUCUCAAAGCUCGAAGGUUUCAGGAAGACGCUUAUGAUGUCUCUUCAAGAUGACGACCAAAAUGCAGGAAGAACACAAAUCAUUGCUAAGCCAACACCAAAUGAUGAAGAUUCUCCGUUUCAACCUUCGAGGCAUUCAUUAAUCCAGUCUCAAGCUUCUGAAGCCAUUGAACCAGCUACAAUGGAAAACGAAAACAACGAAGCUCCUAAACCGAGUUUAUCAAACAGUCUCCCAUUACUAUCUCAAACCACCACUCCUCGGCUUACUCCUCCUGGUUCUCCACCAACACUCUCUGCUUCUACUACCCCUAAAACUACUUCGAGACCUCUCUCUCCUCGACGCCACUCUGUAUCUUUCGCUACCACAAGAGGCAUGUUUGAUGACAGUACCAGAUCUUCUAUUUCAAUCUCAGAGCCUGGAUCACACACCGGAAGAACUCGGGUUGAUGGAAAAGAGUUCUUUCGACAAGUCAGGAGCCGGUUAUCUUACGAGCAGUUUGGUGCAUUUCUUGGAAAUGUUAAGGAUCUUAACGCUCACAAACAAACAAAAGAAGAAACGCUUAGGAAAGCUGAAGAGAUAUUUGGAAGCGAUAACAGAGAUCUGUACGUGAUAUUCGAGGGCUUGAUCACUCGCAACGCUCACUGA